GUUUCCGUUUUGUGUGUUUUGUUUACGACGCCUAGCCGCGGACCCGCUGACGACGGGUGUUAGUGCGCAUUCCAGCGGUUUGCGUUGUGAUGAUUGUCCGGAGGUAAAGUGCGUAACUCAGAGUGUGUGUCCGCAGCCAUGUCUCCUAAGCGCAGACUCAUCACGGACUCUUUCAAAGUGGUGAAAAGAGCGCGCGCAGAGCAGAGAGUGGAGAAGAAGGAGGAGGAGCCGCCGGAGCCGCCGGAGCCAGAGCCCGAGUCCCGCUCCCUCACUCCCCGCGAGAAGGACCUGCAGGAACUCAGGAAGUUCGACUUGGACUGGCGCUUUGGACCCUGCACCGGAAUCGGCCGUCUCCAGCGCUGGGACAGGGCCUCCCACCACGGCUUGGACCCCCCCAGGGAGGUGCGAGAGCUGCUGCUGAAGAAGAGUGCAGAUCCAGAGUACACACAUUGUCUGUGGCACGAACUCCCGUUGUGAGGACACGUGGAGGACAGGUGGAGGACGUCACCGCGCCACGGCUCCUGUCUCCUGCUCAUCUGAUGCUCACACUGUGUUUCACUCUGCUUUUAUCACUACAUUUUAUAAAACCUGCAUUACUUUGACACCGUUUGUCUCUGUGUAUAUGUGUGUGUGUGUCCGUCCGUCCGUCCGUCCAUGAUCUGUCUCCUCGCUCCAUGCUUGUUCAGCUGAAAUCCACUGGACCCGAACCAGACAAAAGAAGCGAUUGUGCGGUGGCUAAACACUCACGGUCUGUGUGUGUGUGUGUGUGUGUGUGUGUGUGUGUGGAGCGCUCCAGCAGACAGCAAUUGACCAUAGCAUUGUGAGCCAAUCAGAGCCCAGCCUAGGAGGCACCUGACCACCUGUGUCACCAGCACUACCGUCUCGUUUAUGCUGAGGAGUCGCGGGACAGUGGACUGGCACCGUACUCAUGUGUCACUACAGCCAUCGUCCUUCUUGUGUCUGCUCUGGUGACACGGUGAGUGACCGGAGCCCCAAGACUUCAGCCCGGGGCACAUUUCCCUCGUGAUCACGCCUUAGGGUUAGGGUUGCGAUCACUGUGUGUUGAUGAAGGACGGGGCUCCGAUACCUCUCAUAGCUUUUCGUUUAUGUUCACGCACACAGACGUAGGUCACAGUGUCACUUUUGCAUGUUCUUGGCACACACUCUUGUCAUCACACAGUCGCCAUAGUGGGUCCUUUUUAAUUAAUUGACCUAUUUAACCAGUUUAGGACAUGGUGUCUAUUUUUAUUUCAUAACCCCCAAAGGGGCACUGGGGGGGCAGCGAUUGUGAAAGUGGUGGAAGGUGAGUCGCAUGAGCACAACUAAAAAGACACAAAGGCAUGUGUGUGUUUACAAAAGGUAGCGUGAGAAUUGUUCAUUAAAAGCAUUUUAACAUGCAUCAUGUUGUCAUCUUGUAUCGGACAGCUGGUCGCGCAGUGCUUACGUCUGCUGCCUUUGGACCUACAGGUUGCAGGUUUGAAUCCCACCUCCAUCACUAGUACC